AUGUGUGUGUGUGUGUGUGUGUGUGUAGAAUGUAUACCGGACUUAAGGGUGAAUGUGGACUUCCCUGGCAGCGAUGUGCUGCAGAUCUUCUUCCCUGAUGUGCUCCACUACCAGCGGGCCUGCAGUCAGCAUCACUCCUGCCAGUUCUUCACCUUUAUCAGGCCUGAAUGGACCAGGGAUAGCAGGUGCCUUAUGAACCAUCACACCACGACCGUUAAAGUUUGUGAGGUUUGUAACUGUCCCUGUCUGCCUAGGCAAUUCUGCUGUUACCUGAAGCACACAGAAUCUGGGGCACCAUCUCGAGUGACCGAGCUGGAGGGGACUUCCAGAGACUGCCAGAGAGCCUGUACAUCAGAUCCAGGAUGUCAGUUCUUCUCCUGGCUGAAUGAUGACUUUGCCAGACCUCAUUACAAAUACAAAUGCCACCUGAAGUUCUGUUGGUCAGUUUCAAAACCGCCAGCACUGAAGGUCCUGAGUGGGGUUGUGUCAGGCUUCUCGCAAAAGUUCUUCCAGAACAACAGUCGGUCAGAUGGUCAAACUGAACAGUGUGAGGCUCAGAUCCUCACAAAUACAGAUUUCCCCAGUCAUGAUUUUGAACAGAUUCCUGCAGUGUCUGCUGAGCACUGCCUGUUCCUCUGCUCUGCUCACCCUAAAUGCACCUACUUCUCUUAUGAAAAGCAGAAGAUGCGUUGUUUCCUGAAAGAUUCAAAAGAGGAGAAGCCUAUGAAGGCAAAAGGAGAAGUAUACUCUGGAAUGCCAUCACGCUUCUGUGAACUCCCUAGAGGUGUGUGUGUGUGCAUGCACAUGGCCUGCAGGAGGCGGUGUUUCCUAAAGCAGGUCAUCACUAUGCCUGUGCCUUCUAAAGUGGCGUCCCUGAAAGGGGUUGUGUCUGGAUGUUCUUUGAGGGGCUGCCGUGAUCCUAAACCAGAAGAGACUAUGGUGGCUGUGGAAAAGCCAGGACCCGGUCCAGGGCUGCCCCUCUUCCAGUCGUUCCGACGACUGCUCCCUCCCUUCCCCCCUACCCCUAUCCAUCCCUUCCCCGGCUCCGCGCUAGACCAGCCCGCCGCAGCGGGUUAUCAGCACUCCACGAGUGCUUCGGAUCACGACGUCCCAUUCCGGCUCCCCAGCUAUUCACUAGCCACAGCAAAGGCCCUUCGACCACCUCCUCACACUGCACGUUCCAGCUUUAACACCCUAUGGUACAGAAUGAGCUUGGACCCAAUGCAACAACAGCUUCAGGGAGACCCACGCAGCAACUGCUCCGCUGAGCUCCUGCUACCCUGCUACAACGGCUCCGCUGAGCCCCAUGCAGCAAAGCUACACAGAGCUACAGGACCCAUGCAACGACAGCUUCGCUGA